AAAUCUCCGUCUCUUCCGUUACAGUUCCCAAGGCAGAGAGAGACGAAAGAGAAGUUAGAGAAAAAAAGUGCUUCCAUGGAAUCCGUUCCCACGGUUGAUGUACCCGCAUCAACACCAGCACCACCACCAAUAGUCACCGAUGAUCUCCAAUCAAGCAACGCAUCAUCAUCCCCAGCCGACGCCGCGGCACGUUUGAUCCACGCCGUGGAGCAGCGGCAACAGCAUCUACUCGACAAGACGGUGCCUCACGUUCUCUACCGAUGGAUCGCUUGCCUCUGCGUCGUGUUGAUCUACUUUAUUCGCGUCUACUUGGUGGAAGGCUUCUACAUCAUCACCUACGCCAUCGGAAUCUACCUUCUCAACCUCAUCAUCGCUUUCCUCUCCCCUCAAGAAGAUCCCGAGGCUUCGCUCAGUGGCGGGACUCUUCCUACUCGUAGAUCCGAUGAGUAUCGCCCCUUCGUUCGCCGCCUCCCCGAGUUUAAAUUCUGGUUAUCGAUCAUUAGGGCAUUUGUCAUCGGUUUUAUGAUGACGUUCUUCGAGGUCUUUGACGUACCUGUUUUCUGGCCAAUACUUCUUUUCUACUGGGUGAUGCUUUUUAUCCUCACCAUGAGGAAACAGAUACAGCAUAUGAUCAAAUACAGAUAUGUCCCUUUCUCUUUCGGCAAACAGAAAUACGGAAAGAAACCAGCUCCAGCAGAGAGCAGUGAAUGAUCAAAUCAACCGUUCAGGUCAGCAGGUCUUUUCUUUUCUUUUGAUUGCCCGAAGCUUUGUUAGGGAUGAAGUAGAAGAAACAGUCAAUCAGAUAGACUCUCGUAGCCUGUCUCAGACAUUUUUUUUGCUCUUUAUCAUCCUGACUAUGUACUGGUUUCACCUGAAGACAAUGUAUCCUAUUAUUACAGUUUUUUGUUAGUGAGAAUAAUGUUUUUUUUGUACUUGGCCCUUUCGUAACCAUUAUGGUGGAAAUAUGGACAAAGCGGUUUGAUGCAUCCUUUGUUUUAAAAGAAGGGGAAUUUAGAUAUGUGCAAGGUAUUUUGGACAAAACAUGAAGUAGAAGCUCAAAAGGAGUCAAACCCCUAAACGAAGGGGAGCCAUAUGGAAACGAGAUUACAGAACGAAGACAAUUAUUAACGUAGAAAAAGAAUAGACGAACAAACGGCUUGAACUCAAACGAUGACCAGUGAGAAUCGCCACUUCGGAAAUCAUGAGGACGAAAAGUUUAUAAUUUGAUAAUGGUGUGUUUCAGUGAAUAAGAAAACUACUCUGUAACUCAGAAUCUAGAUGAGCGACUGGUUGAUAAAAUAGUUAGCCACCUACAUAUUCAUCAUUACUUGGUCAUUACUUGGUUAAACGAAAGAAUUUUGGACAGAAGUCCAGACUAAUCUUUCAUGCAUGUAAACUGACAUCUAUGUGACCAACCAUUGUAGUGGGAGAGUUUGAAUCUUGGUUUAUU